CGCCCGGUCUCUGUUUCUUUUUUUUACCUUCUCUUUUUCAACAAAGAAAAGGGUGGAAAAGGGGGGCUAAUAGUAAGGUAAUCUGUCAUUGCGAUUCGGUUGUUGGCUGGACUCAUACCUCUCCAACUCCCCCCGCGUUUGUCAUAGGAGCCUGACUGUGGCUUGCUCAUCGGGAGCAUGUGGCUGACUGGUGGCUUGAAAAAGCCGAAGCAAAUUGUGGGGUCAUGUGGCUGAAGUGGAAACAAUCUUGCUUGUCAUUCGGGCUUUCGGUGCAGCGACAAUCCCUCUAUUCUUCCAUCCUCAAAUGCUCAAUGCGGACCUCCUCAGGUGACAGAUGACUUCACCCACACUCACUCAUUCGCCCCCUCAUCAAACCGUGGCACGACAUCAGUGGCCCGCCUGGCGGGUUAGUACGAGACAGCGAUUUCUUUUCCCAGGUGACUGCAACUUUGGCGUCCAAGAUGCACCAACGGAGUCCGUCUGCCUUCCAGGUACCUGGGGCCGGCAGUCCGCGGACUGAUAAGAAACUCCAUCUGCGGGACAAUCAAGCUAGUGCUCAAUCUAUUAUUCGGGGCAUCUUCCGUCAAGGCAUGGCUGGCGUGAUGUGGUUCUCCACGCUUGUUUCACUACCCGUGUGGGCGACUAAAGAACCUCUUGCGUUCUGCAUGGAAGCCUAUUGAGAUGCGUCGCCUGUAUGCUUCUGCCUCAUAUCCUUGAAGGGGGGAGAAGGCGCUUGCAUGGAUUCGUCAGCCAAAUAUCUAAAUAGAGACAAGCUCUGCCGUCCAUCCCGUUCCGUCUAGUCAUUUCCAGUACCGUAGCUCAAGGUAGCUCAGCUCACCUGCAUAAUCACCGCACAUAAACAUUCACCUCACCUCAUCCACUUCCAGCAAGGCAAGGCAAGGCAGGGUUGCACGGUUGAUGACAGGGAUGAACUGCUUCGCCUGACCGAGGAUCCCGACGACAAACAUCGGCACCCAAACAGGGCCAGGCCAGGCCAGUUUUACAUCAACGACUGGAACAAAAGAAGAAUUCGAAACGCAGACGCAUUGAUACGUUUAGGUCGACUCGACUGCUGGAACCCGGCUAGAAGGCAGAUCAGCGAAACGGGACAUCGCCACGGGUGCGUUCUGCGUAGUAACAUCCCGAACGGCGGCUCUUCCCGGUGACAGACCUCCUUGGCCUAGUCGUUCGUGGGCUCGACGAGCGGGGAGCCUAGGCGCAAAUCUGUUGCAUGGUCGUGCCCAGUCCUCUCAUACGAGGGAGGUCCUGGCGGCAGCAUCCCAGCGCAUCGACCUUCGUUCUUGUUUCCGACGCAAGCUCGACACAAACCUAUAUAACCUUGUGCUUGACCCCUCCUCGGGCGCGUCGCCAGGAACAUGUCCCAUUCAACGCAAUCCAUCAGCAGCGUUCUUGAAACAGAAUUCGACAUACAACCCAGACUUGAGCAACAAGCCGGGUUGGGAUCCAACUUACUGUCUAACACUGUCUCCAGGCGGCCCAUCAUGAGUACCGAGACGCGCAAGAAAUUCAUAAACUACCCUCUGCCGAUUCCUGGACCAACUAUUCCAUACGAUAAUGGCAGAAAAAGCAAUCCGCCUCUUCGAGGCUGGAUCUUGGUCUUAGCAGCAUGGGUUAUGGAAUGCGUGUGGUUCGUACGCGCUUUCAUCUGGAGCAACGCCGGCUUCGGGAGUAUCAGGAAAAUCCGCAAGCACAUCGAGAAUGCCGAGCCCCGUUACGAUCCAACUGUCCUGCCCUAUCCGACGGACGAGGCCAAAGACCCAGCCGUUCUCCAUCGCGAAAGCACCGUGAAGUCGAGGCCACACCCCUUCAAGUAUUACUCCGUCAACGACUAUCAUGAGAUGUACCUGUCAGGCGCAAUCACGCCACUUGCCGUAGCUCGAGCCAUUCUGCCCUUGAUUCGCCGCGACACGAACCCACCGGGCGAGCAUUCGAUCGCGUGGUUCGAUACCAAAGUCGCCCAAGUUUUGGCGGCCGCUGAGGCAUCCACGAAGCGGUACAAAGAGGGACGUUCACUGGGUCCUCUUGAUGGUGUGCCCACUGCCGUCAAGGACGAGUACGAGAUCGACGGAUACCGGACCUGCCUUGGCUCGAGGAACGAUUACACUACCGAGGCCGAGCCUGGCCAGUCGAUCACAAGUUGGUGUGUGAAAAAGCUGGAAGACGCAGGAGCCGUUGUUCUUGGGAAGCUGUCAAUGCAUGAAUUUGGACUCGACACAACGGGAAACAACCCAAUCUACGGGACACCUCGCAAUCCCUAUAACCGUGGUUACUACACGGGUGGAAGUUCUUCUGGGGCCGGAUACGCAGUUGCGACGGGCUUGGUCCCCGUGGCCCUCGGCAGUGACGGUGGCGGCAGCAUUCGCAUCCCCUCGUCCAUGUGUGGUGUCUACGGCCUCAAGCCCACCCAUGGCCGGGUCUCGUUCCACCCUUGCCCGAACCACAGCAACAGCUGCGCAGUCAAUGGACCCAUCGCCGCGGACAUCGAAUCCCUCGCGACCUACUUUGAGACCAUCGGCGCCCCGCAUCCCGACUCCAACUUCAUCCAGGCGUCCCCCUUCAUGUGCUCUCCCAGCGAAAAGCGCGGCAAGAUCCUCGGCAUCCCUGAGGCGUGGUUCGCGCAGGCGGAUCCGGCCAUCCAGCGUCUAUGCCGGACCAUGAUUGCAAAGCUGGUCACGCACCAUGGAUACACCACCGUCCCGAUCGACAUCCCGUUCUUGGUCGAAGGCCAGUUCGCGCACGCCAUGACCGUCCUUACCGACGGCGCCGCCCUGCUUCCGGAGACCAAGAACCUCACGCCAGCGAACCGCAUCCUGCUUGCCAUCGGCCGCGUCACGUCCGCCAUGGACUACCUCUUGGCCCAGAAGCUCCGCGGCCUGCUCAUGUCGCACCUCGCGCAUCUCUGGCGCGAGUACCCCGGCAUGAUCAUCGUCACCCCAACGACCGCCUGCGCGGGUUGGCCCAUUGUGAGCAAGGGCGAGCUGGCCCACGGCGUGAGUGACGGCGACCGCACUAUCCGGUCAAUGGAGUACGUGUGGAUGGGCAACUUCUGCGGGCUCCCCGGCGUCACGGUCCCGGCGGGCUACGUCGUGCCGCACGACCAGGCCGGCGCCGGCGGCGAAGCCGGGCCCGAGACGCUGGGCAAAAUCCCCAUCGGGCUCAUGGGCAUGGGCGAGUGGACGGACGAGCACAGCCUCCUCGAAUUUGGGCUCGAUGCCGAAGACCUGUUCGCGAAGGAGCGGUGCCGGCCGCCCACCUGGGUCGACGUCAUUCAGCGGGCCAAGGACGACAUGGCGAAGACCGGGGAGGACAGCUUGAUAGACAUUUAGCGACAAUAUCCACAGCAGCGAGAAGGCGAUAAGGAUGGGCAAUGUUUAGCGGGUGUGGCGUAGUUGUUAGGGAACAAACCAUGUCGGAGCCACGUCGAGAUCCAAGCAGGAGAACCCACCGCGUCCAUGCGUUAUGUGUGUGAAAUGAUGACUCUGGAGCCACAGUGACACCACACGCGUAUCUCCACCCUGCUCGAGAGGGCUGAGUUCAUCGCGGGGUCGAAUAUUGAUCACUCAUUCGACGCAGGGAUGGCCCCAUCAACGGAAAAUGGGGAAGCACUUGGAAGUUGGAGACCGUCUGUUGUAGCAAGCUCGCAAGCGCCCACAUACACAGACACACACAUACAUAUCCCUCCCUUGCCCAUCUCCUGCGUAGAUCAAUGCGAGUUUGACCUGGGGAGAAGGGCCCGAGCAAGGCGGCACGACAGCUACAGGAAGGAAGAGCCCAGAUCGACGACUCUUCAAUGUUUUGAUGAACCCAUCAGACGGGGAGGGGGGGGGGGCGGAGGGAAAGUUCCUGGUCGAGCUGUCUUGAACACAAGCAAGGUUGCGAGAGUCCAGGCGCCUGGUCCUUCCCGCCCCCACCAAUGUUACAGCAGAUAUCGGAGUGGCUCAUGCACAGAUAUUAUGCUCAAUGCACCACAGGAUGUCGGACGCAGCCCAAAGCGCUCAGCCGCGGCGGCCUGGUCAUGCAAGCAACAAUCCGUUCCCCUAGCGCUGUUCUUGAUGCUUUAGGAUGGUGGGGGGCAACAGUCGUAGACGGGGGGGGGGGGGGGGGGGGGGGGGGGUUAUGGUUUUGUGCGCUGGCUCUGACGGCGGCAGUGCAUGUUGGAGACCGAGAAUUGGACGUUUGGUGGAUCGAGAGAUGCUUCACACACUGGACGUUUAUCCAGACCUUGGGCCUCUCGUCCUCGACCUCGCGUGACUGACGGCGUACGCGGCCCGCGGCUGCCAGCAGCACUCAUUGCGAAGAGAAGCGCUUUACGUCUGCCGCCUACGUCGUUGAACUCUUGAAGAAUCUUGCGUCACCAGAAUUGACCAUGCUUGGGGGAUAAAGCCAGGGGAGUUGUUGGGUCAUUCGGAGAUCCUUUGACAUUGGCAUAGAUGGGAACUGGCGGCAGGAUAGCAGGAGGUGGCGGCAGGGUAAUCUUCGUCCUACUUUUACGGCGUAAGACUACUUGGGCGCUCGGAACUUUCCCUGUACACCCGAGCAAGUGCUUAUUUGGGUCGAAGGUCUCGCAAAAGGAAAGGGCGGCUUGCUUGUGGAGUGGACACUGUCCGAUCGCUCGGCCGGGCGUGUGAUCCGAUCCUAGGCAGAUAUCGGCGCGAAGCCACGACAGUCCACCCGGCGUCGGCGCCGAAUUUCCGGACGCUAAAAUCCAAUGCUUUAACUUUCUCGAUCACUACACCCGCCACACGGAAAAGUCUGCUCGAAAUCGUAUCAGUGUGUCGUAGUACGGUCUGGAAGCUAAAUCGAAGGAGAAAACGAUUCAGAGUAUGAGAAUUGUUCCCCCUGGAGUACGUGGUGGUAUAGCGAUUUGUUGAUCGUCUACAUUUGACUGCAUGGUAUUCGUCAUGUAGCAAAAUAAACCUCGCCUGGCCAGCGUUUUCCUGGUAUCCUAACACGGAACAUCAAUUGUUUAACCCCCUGGCACCGGGCUUGUUGUCAAUGAGGAUCCGGGGAUAACCUCAACUCUAAGCUUCUUCGUCAGAGUUACCCGUCUUGCACCAUAGUCUAUAUGCCAAUAAGAGCCUGUAAGAAAUAUCAACUGCGUAGCUGCCUAAACCAACGGUUCCUGUGCUUUCGUCCCAUGGGCUACAGACCGGCAAGGUAGCAACAGCACCAUCUAGGAAGGAGCAAGACUUCUUCUUUCCAAUCUGUGGCCUAGGACUUCACCGACCGGUAAACGUUUAGUCAAGCGGUCUGGCUCAGUCCUAACUAAAUACUCUUCAACAGGGGGCGCAGGUUCGAAUGGGCCUACUAACUUACAAACGAUUUCUUUUUGGUUCACUGUUGGUGUUUAAGCUUAUUCUAUACCAUGAUAAUAACAGAGACCCUAUAGUCUUCUGCUAUGAUGCUGCAAGAACGAUACGCUUUUAUUGCCUUCCUAAAACGCCUCUACAAAGAAAGCUCGGCCGCCUCCUCUUGACCAGAUCCGAAGUAUGUUAAGUCAACUAAUCAUAAGAUGUAGCUGUUGGCGUCGUACUUUGCGUCUAAGCAGGCAAAUGUGUGAACUGUGAGUAGUCUGAUAGUGUUACCAGGAUAGAGAAGGGGGUUCGCCAUGAGGCUGAAAUGUCUGAGAAAGUUCCUCAUCAAGGACGGGUAAACAGAAGCCGGGUAUUUUCUGACCAUUACAGUGGUCAUUGGGGGCAUUUUCCCCCGAUGAAUGCUGUCAAUUCGUAGAGUCUGGAGGGCCAUACAUACUCACUAGCUGACUGGGCGACAAAUCAUUGAAAUGUGCCAAAUGCAAUGUCAACAUGGCAGGUUUCCUUCAAUGAACAUGUCUGCAAUGUGCUCCAUUCUCCUAGUCUAGGGACGAUCCUGAAAUCAGGCAUUUUGUGGCGGCGCUUGGCUAGUGGUUGGGCGCCAUCCACUUCGGGAACAUGACGCACGUUCUUGACGUACCUAUUCAGACCACGCCGAGUCUUCAGCACUGAUGCAGGCAAACUGCAGCGGCAGAGGCGAGACAACACGGCCUGACGCAAAACGCCGGGCGCCGACCCAAUCAAUCAGCUGCGGCGCCGUUGACAUUUCCC